UUAUUAACAAUUAUUAACAAUUAUUAACAAUUAUUAACAAUAAUUAACAAUAAUUUAACAAUAAUUUAUUGUUAAACAAGAAUAGGAACAAAAAAAUAAAAUCGUAGUGAAACAAGUGUACAAAAUUAAUACAAUGAAAGUGAAGUGAUAAUUUCGAGGAUAAAAAAAUGGCUAUAAACUUGGAGAUGAUUUUUAAAAUUCAUCGAUUUCCCGCUAAUUUGGGAGGUCGUCGAUUGAAAUUGAGACGGUUUAUAGGAUUGCAUUUAAAUAAGUGACGCAAGUUGUUUUGCGUUUAAUUUAAAUUGAAGAAAAUAAAAUUCUUAAAUUUUUGUCAAGCAAAUUAAAAAUUGAAAAAAGAAGGAAAAUAAUCUCACUUACACGAAUGGCGUCUUCAUUCGACACGGGGGAUUAUUGAGAGGUUUUUGUUUGAAGGGAAUGGAUUUUCAAAGCGUGAUGGAAACGAUGGCAGAGGCAUGGGUGGCUGCUAACACCAAAAAUGAAGUGCAGAGUCAGGCUUUGGCACUGACGUACAAGGCUUCAUCACCUACGAGACCAAAUAGUGUACCCUCCUUAACAAGAAGUCCGCAAUCCCAACAAUCUCAUCAGUCACAAACUCAGACUGCCCCUCAACCUUCGACUGUUCAGUCACAUCAGCAACAAACACCAGUGAGUUCAACCCAACCAACAUUUUCAACUCACAAUGAUCACCCUAAGCAGGAGGUCACCAGUAGUCCAAAACAGGAAGGUUUUGAUCUCAGCAAAUCCACUUCCGGAACCGUUAAAAGUCUUCCAGUUCAUUGUGUCGUUGAAGCGAUUCAUAGUAUUGUGGAGAGUCGCUCGACUACUCGUGACAACUGGAGGAGGCCUCAUGUUGAAAAAGACACUUAUGUUUUCAUUCCAGCUGUGAUGCCAUUUCAGGAUCUAGUUGGAGAAACAUUGGUGCGAUUAGGUUACUCAAAUGAUCUCAUUCUUAGCGCUCGAGGGAGUAUUGUGAUAAGAAACUGGAAGCCAUUACCAACUGAGAAAGUGGCCGAAGGUCCACUAUUAACAGUUGGUGAUAUUUUGGCAGAAUUAAUUCACCUGACAACACUGAAAAUUCAAGUCUAUAGAUCAAGACCACCGCCACCUAGUCCAGCAACCGAGGUCAGAGACAAACUUCUAAGGUUUCUGCUGCUUCACAGUCAUGCAUUUCUAGUCGGAUGUCCUCUCGAUGAGUUAACUCUAGCGUCGCUCUGCAGAGGUGGGAAUGAUAUUUCAGAGGAGACGAGAAGAAAUUUUGAGAAUUGGUUGCAUCAGCAGCAUUUGUCCUUUGGAAUGAAUCAUCUGAUCCCGCAGACGAAUCAUCAGACCCAAAGUCCACAGCCUGAUGGUACGAGUGGUCCAUUGGGUCAGACAAGUCACAUUGGUCAUCCUCCUCAUCCUGGUCUUCUUCCAUAUUCCCAUAAAACAAGAAUGCGAACCAGUUUUGAUCCAGAACUCGAAUUACCAAGACUGCAACGUUGGUUCGGUGAAAAUCAACAUCCAACGCGUUCACAAAUUCAGCACUACGUUACGGAAUUGAAUUCCCUUGAAUCUAGACGUGGACGAAAACCAUUGGAUGUUCAUAAUGUUGUUUACUGGUUUAAAAAUGCGAGAGCCGCCCAAAAGAGAGCGGAGACGAGGGGUGUGAAUGGUUACAGUCCUCCUGGACUAAGUCCCAGAGGUGCUAGCAUGAUCAGCGAGGAUUGCUCGGAUGAUGAGGAGGAUUCAAGGCAUCAGACGUCUUCACCGUAUCCUCCAGGAAGUCCUCCGGUUGGACCGUUGUCAUUGACAACGCGUCCCGAAGAUCAGCAACCCUCUUUGACACCGUCGUCAGUGAAGCAGGAAGAUGGCAGAGUGUCUUCCGGCUCUGAAGACGACGAAACCAGUCCAACUGAUCCAUUACCACCAGGAUUUCCUCUAUUACCGAGUCCAAUGUUCAGUCAGAGUGUCAUGUACAUGUCGCAUUAUCUCACUCCACGUGGACCACCCGGAUGUCCAACGAAUUUGUUAGACGAGAGGAGAAAACGGAAUCGGACAUUCAUUGAUCCUGUUACGGAAGUUCCCAAACUCGAGACGUGGUUCACUCAUAAUACUCAUCCCAGUCAUGCGUUAAUUCUGAAGUACACGGAGGAACUAAAUAGAAUGCCAUAUCGGCAAAAGUUUCCCCGAUUGGAAACAAAAAAUGUGCAAUUUUGGUUUAAAAAUCGUCGAGCCAAAUGUAAGCGUUUAAAAAUGGCACUUUUCGAUGGAGAAUCACCACAGCCUCAUCCCUAUCAUGCAGAGUAGAUUGCUCAUAUCCUGUGUAAAUAAUACACGUCAAAAAAAAAAAAAAAAAAAAAAUGCUACACACAUUCGUAUAGUAUAAUAAUUUUUUUCCCCUCCCCAAUCUCAGACCAAAAAAAAUUACACGCGCACUUGAUUAUAAAUAAGAAAAAAAGAAAAUAAAUUUAACAAUUAGAAAAUAUGUAUUAUGAUAUACAUAUACGUGAUUACACUCAGCAUUAUAUAUAUAAAAUAUAUAUUAUAUAGACAAGCGAAAAAAAAAUUAUACACCAGUAAAAUUAUAAAAACGCUUGUUAAUUCGUAUUCCUUCCCCGACCCCCCCCCCCCUCCCAACCACGUUGAUUAUUCAUAAAAGUCUGUGUAAUUAUUUCGUAAGUAGUAAUAUAUUUACUUUUAUGUUUUACAAUAAAUGUAAAUACGAAAAUGAUGUCCAAUAAACUGUACGCCACUAUAAA